AUGAGGAGCAUGUGGACCUCCGACGGCUGGAUUCUUUCGAAGGCGCCCCCCCGUGUUCUGGGUCAGCACAUUCAUCUGCCGCCUGGCAGCCAUUUUGGCUCAAGCAUUUUUGGUCUCAAGCCCUUCGCCCAGGCACUCGCUGGAGCCAUGUCGAGCCGCGGCACCCUCAAGAACUUCUUCGAAGAGAAGGGCUUCGGCUUCAUCACCCCCGACGACGGCAGCGAGGACGUGUUCGCGCACGUGAAGGAGAACCCCGCGCUGAACGACUGCCAGCAGGGCGACUCCGUGUCCUACGACGCGGAGUACGACGACCGCAAGGGCAAGUACAAGGCCGUGAACCUGAACUCCGGCGGUGGAGGCGGCGGCGGCGGCAAGGGGAAGGGGAAGGGCAAGGACAAGGGCGGCAAGGGCGGCUACGCGCCGUACGGCAAGGGCUGGUGA